AUGUUUAGAUGUUAUAAGGCAUAUAGCCAACAGAAAACCUCUGAAACUGGUUAUCUUGAUGAAGCAAAAGAGGCAAGUUGUAUAGACAUAUAUAGUUGGAGCACUGAGAUUGGAGAAGUGACAGAUCAGAAAAAUGUGAUUGCCACCAUUUUGCUUGAAGUGGCCAAAGUGGACGAGCACUUCACUGUUGAGGAUGAGAGGAAGACUUGGAGCAUAGCACAGAACAGCAUAUACAGGCAUGUUUGCAAAGAGAUUCUUCUUCUACAAGAUGGGGUCGAUUGA